AUGAAUGCCCUUUUACCACUGAUCUUUCUGUUUUUCAUUAGUUCUCUAGGCUGGGCAAAAGAUAGACACUACUACAUAAGCAUUGAAGAAGUACUUUGGAACUAUGCUCCUUCUGGUAAAAAUAUGCUCAGUGGAAAGCCUUUUUCAGAAGAUCAAAACUUUCAAUCCCAAAAAUAUCAACAAGGAAGUCAAGACAGGAAGAAAUAUGUUUAUAAAAAGGCAUUGUAUUUUCAAUAUACUGAUAAUACCUUCCAAACAAUCAUUGAAAAACCAUCCUGGUUGGGAUUUUUAGGUCCAAUGAUUAAGGCAGAGACUGGAGACUACAUUUAUGUACAUGUGAAAAAUUGUGCUUCAAGGGGCUAUAGUUUCCACCCUCAUGGGCUCACCUACACUAAAGAAAAUGAAGGUACACUGAAUGGAGACACUGAAAAAAAUAUCGAUGAGUCAUUUUUUCUGAUAUUUUUUAUAGUCGAAGAAAGCAAUAGCUGGUAUAUAAAUGAAAAUACUCAUACAUCUAAUACUAGUGAUCCUGGCUUCGUGGAGAACAAUACCAUGUACUCCAUAAAUGGGUACAUCUAUGGAAAUCUGCCCAAUCUCACCAUGUGUGCAGAAGACAGGGUCCACUGGCACUUCGUCAGCAUUGGCGGUGGGAUUAACAUACAUUCCAUCUAUCUCCACGGACAAACUCUGAUCUCCCGGAAUCACAGAAAGGACAACAUUAUGGUCUUCCCUGCCUCGUUGGAAGAUGCCCUCAUGGUGGCCAAGGGCCCCGGAGAGUGGAUGCUGGGCUGCCAGAUACAUGAGAGUCUGCAAGCAUUUUUCAAAGUAAAGAAUUGCCACAAACCUUCCACGAAUGUUUCUGGGAAACAGGUUAUAGAUUACUAUAUUGCUGCUGAGGAAAUUUCUUGGCAAUAUGCUCCAUCUGGUAUAGAUUUCUUCACUAACAAAAAUUUAACAGCACCUGGAAGUGACUCCCAGGAAUAUUUUGAGCAAGGCCCAACAAGAAUUGGAGGAACUUACAAAAAACUAGUUUACCGUGGAUACACAGAUGCUUCCUUCCGAACACAGACGAAAAGAGAAGCACAUCUGGGAAUUCUUGGCCCUGUCUUUAAGGUGGAGGUGGGAAUGAUCAUCAAGGUCACUUUCUACAACAAAGCUUCCCUGCCCCUCAGCAUGCAGCCGCAUGGACUGCGCUACAGCAAGAGCAAUGAGGGCUCAUUCUACAAAACACCCGGCGGAGGCACCCCUCCUUCCUCCUCACAUGUAAAUCCUGGCACAAAAUUUGUCUAUACGUGGGAAGUUCCAAAAGAUGUAGGUCCCACCUCCACGGACCCCAACUGCUUGACCCGGUUCUACUAUUCCUCAGUAAACGGGACAAAAGACACUAACAGCGGCCUCAUCGGGCCUCUCCUUGUGUGUAGAAGUGGAAGUCUGGAAAAGAAUGGCAAACAGAAAGGAGUAGACAGAGAAUUUUACCUGCUUGCCACAGUAUUUGAUGAAAACAAAAGUCUUCUCUUGGAUGAAAAUAUUAAAACAUUUAUCACACAGCCUGAAAAUGUGCAUAAAGAGGAUCAAGCCUUCCAAGAUUCUAACAAGAUGUCCUCCAUAAAUGGAUUCAUGUACGGAAAUCUGCCCAAACCAGAGAUGUGCAUAGGGGACCAAGUCUCGUGGCACGUUCUCAGCGUGGGAUCAGAGGGAGAUUUACACGGGAUAUAUUUUUCAGGAAAUACCUUUGUUUCUAUGGGAUCAAGGAAGGACACUGCAAAUGUAUUUCCUCAUACCACUGAGACGCUUCUUAUGACACCUGACUCUGUAGGAACUUUUGAUCUGUCCUGUAUGACGUCAGAGCACUACAUAGGAGGCAUGAAACAUCAAUACCAAGUGAGGAAGUGUUCGAAGCCAAACCCUGAUCAAACACUGUACCUGAAGGAGACAACCAUUUACAUCGCAGCUGAGGAAAUUACCUGGGAUUAUAUGCCUAGCAAAAAGUGGCAGAAGGAACUGCGCCAGUUACAGAGAAAGAAUGAAACCAGCAUGUAUACAGACAGAAAUGGAAUGCAUCUUGGGUCUAAAUACAAAAAAGUUGUAUACCGUCAAUACAAGGAUGGCACAUUCACCAGUGAAACAGAAAGAAAUGAAGAUGAGAAACACCUGGAUAUACUAGGUCCAUUAAUAUUUCUCAACCCCGGUCAAAAAGCCCGAAUUGUCUUUCAAAAUAAAGCCUCAAGACCAUAUUCUAUUCAUGCCCAUGGAGUGAAAACGAGCAGUUCCUCUGUUGUUUCAACUCAGCCAGGAGAGAUUCGAACAUAUAUCUGGAAGAUCCCGGAAAGAACAGGUCCUACCUCAAAAAACUUUGAGUGCAUCCCUUGGUUUUACUAUUCGACUGAGUCCGUGGUUAAGGAUCUCAACAGCGGACUGGUCGGCCCUUUGAUUGUGUGUCACAAAGACGCCAAACCCAACCUGGUUCACCGUGUUCUCCACUUCAUGAUUUUUGAUGAGAACCAAUCUUGGUACUUGGAAGAAAAUAUCAAUACCUAUUCUUCAGAGCCAGAUAAAAUAGACAGGAAAGAUCGUGAUUUUGUCUUCAGCAACCAAAUGCAUGCAAUUAACGGAAGGCUAUUUGGAAAUAACCAAGGUCUAACGCUGCACGUCGGGGAUGAAGUGAAUUGGUAUCUGCUUGGCAUGGGGGGUGAAUUUGACCUGCACACAGUUCACUUUCAUGGUCACAGCUUUGAAUUUACGGAUCAAGGAGUGUAUCGAUCUGAUGUUUAUGACCUUCCUCCUGGUGUCUAUCAAACUGUAAAAAUGUAUCCAAGAGAUGUUGGAACCUGGUUAUUUCAUUGCCAUGUUGGUGAACACAUUGAGGCCGGAAUGGAAAGCACUUACACUGUGAUUAAAAGAAAAGAAGCAGAUUUUCGCUCCUUCCGGGUUACCCAGAAGUCCUACAGUGUGUCUACCUCCACCCCACCGGCCUUCAGCAGCCGCUCAUACAGCAGUAGGGCCCGUGCCUGCAUCAGAUCCUUGAGCUUCUCUCGGGUGGGCAGCGGCAGCUUCCGGAGUGGCCUGGGCACCGGCCCGGGUCUGGGUGGAGGCUACGCCGGGGCUGGAGGUAUGGGGGGCAUCACAGCUGUCACAGUGAACCAGAGCCUGCUGAGCCCGCUCAACCUGGAGGUGGACCCCAACAUUCAGGCCGUGCGCCCCCAGGAGAAGGAGGUGAUCAAGACCCUCAACAACCAGUUUGCCUCCUUCAUCGACAAGGUGCGCUUCCUGGAGCAGCAGAACAAGAGGCUGGAGACCAAGUGGAACCUCCUGCAGCAGCAGAAGACGGCUGGCAGCAACAUGGAUAGCAUGUUUGAAAGCUACAUCAACAACCCACGGCGACAGCUGGACACACUGGGCCAGGAGAAGCUGAAGCUGGAGGCAGAGCUUGGCAACAUGCAGGGGCUGGUGGAGGACUUCAGGAGUAAGUAUGAGGAGGAGAUCAACAAGCCUACGGAGAUGGAGAAUGAAUUUGUCCUCCUCAAGAAGGAUGUGGAUAAAGCGUACGUGAACAAGUUGAACCUGGAGUUCCGCCUGGACCGGCUGACUGAAGAAAUCGACUUCCUCAGGCGGCUGUAUAAUGAGAUCCAUGGGCUGCCGUCCCUGAUCUCGGACACGUCUGUGGACAGCACCCACUCCCUGGACAUGGACAGCAUCAUUGCUGAGGUCAGCACCCAGUAUGAGAAAAUCACCAACCGCAGCGGGGCUGAGGCUGAGAGCAAGUACCAGACCAAGUAUGAAGAGCUGCAGAUGCAGGCUGGGAAGCACGGGGACGACCUGCGGCGCACGAAGACUGAGAUCUCCGACAUGAACCGGAACAUCAGCCGGCUUCAGAAUGGGAUCAAAGCUCUUGAAGGCCAGAGGGCUGCCCUGGAGGCCUCCAUCACGGAUGCCGAGCAGCGUGGGGAGCUGGCUCUUAAGGAUGCCAACACCAAGCCCCAGCUGGAGGCUGCCGUGUGUCAGGCCACGCAGGACAUGGCUCAGCAGCUCCGUGUAUACCAGGAUCUGAUGAAUGUCAAGCUGGCCCUGGACAUGGAGAUCGCCACCUACCUCCAGCUGCUGGAGGGCGAGGAGGGCGAGGAGAGCCGGCUGGAGUCUGGGGUGCAGAACAUGAGUAUCCAUAUGAAGACCACCAGUGGCUACUCAGGUGGCCUGAGCUCGGCCUACGGGGGUCUCAAAAGCCCUGGCCUCAGCUGUGGUCUGAGCUCCUUCCGGACCGGCUUUGGCUCUGGUGGGGGCUCCAGCUCCUUCAGCCGCACCAGCUCCAGGGCUGUGGUUGUGAAGAAGAUUGAGACCCGAGACAGAAAGCUGGUGUCUGAGUCCUCUGAUGUCCUGCCCAAGUGAGCUGCCACUGUGGCCCCUCCAGUCCACCCUCUCACACGCCUGCC